AUGGCUGACCACGAGGAGCCGAAUUUCGCUGAAGCUGUAGUUGGUAACUUGAUGCUCAACAAACCUGUAGAGACCAUGACAACCACCGAAUUGUUGCUCUAUACCUUAUUCGGCGAUGAUAUCAAAACCGAGGAGGCCAAAACCGUUGGCCGCAUAACCGAGUACCUUGAAGUCCAUAUUGCUCCCCACAAUACCGUCAUCGUCUCCUCAAACCUCCAAGAUAUGACAGACUUCAAGUGGAUCGCUGACUGCGUGGUAUUCAACUUUGAAGGACAAGAAAUCUAUAAGGAGACGCCGAAUAUCACUUCUGAGGUCGAAUUUGUUACUCACUGCUUUGAAGUCCUGCAUUGCCGUCAAGUAAAGAUGUUUCUGGAAGACGGAGUCUCCGGAGAUGCCGUCAAGGAGAUGUUCUCAAACUUUGAGAUAUAUUCAAUUAAUACUGAGACUUUUGCUCAACUGGAGCAACUCCUUCUUCUAUAUGUUCCACCAAUUAUGGAAAUCGGAUUGCAAGUCUACCCACCAGCCGACUCCACCCUUCCAUUCCCAUCUGAUACAGACAUCGUGGAAAAACAGAAAAUAUAUGAAGGAGAUAUUCCCGUUAGGCUGGGGCACUUGUUGACUGAUCGUUAUAAAGUCAUAGACGUCAACACGCCGGUAUUGAAAAAUUACCAGGAACUGGUCAGUAUUCUCAGUAGUCUCUGGAAUGGGAGAAGUCUGAAGGAUGACUUGUGCAUCCGAUUUUACCACACACAUUCUUCACAAAGUCACAGCCAGUACCGGUCACUCACACUUCAUACUGUCCUACACCCUAUCAUGUAUUGGUAUGAUAGGUACGCUCCGAGAGGACUUGCCAAACGCCCUCAGUGCGACUAUGAGGAUGGUAUUCUCCUUUUGAAAAUCCCCAUGAAGGUCUCUUGUGAAGAGGAGGAGAAACCGACCAGGAAAUAA